AUGCUGUCCACCUCUUCGUUGAAGCCAGUCCGAGAGAGGGCUACUUGCCCUGCGUGCACAGGGCCCCUGAAAGAUGCAGUAACUUUGGCCUGCGGACACACCUUCUGCCAGUGCUGCCUCCUGCGGCCCUCCCUGAUGGGGGCCUGCCACUCCGCCAGAGUCCUGCUCUGCCCUGUCUGCCAGCAGAAGGAGCGGCCAGAGAGCCCCAUGGUCCCUUUGCCCCUAGGCCCUCUGGGGGAGACCUACUGCGAGGAGCAUGGUGAGAAGGUCUAUUUCUUCUGCGAGAACGAUAUGGAGUUCCUUUGUGUGCUCUGCAGGGAGGGUCCCUCCCACCAGGCCCACACGGUGGGCUUCCUUGAUGAGGCCAUACAGCCUUACCGGGAACGUCUCCUGAGUCGGUUGAGAUCGCUAAGCACACAGAGAGAUGAGAUUGAGAAUGUGAAGUGCCAGGAAGACCAGAAGCUACAAGUGCUUCUGUCUCAGAUGGUAACCAAGAAGCGUCAGGUGCAGGAGGCUUUUGGGAGGCUCCAACGUGAGCUGGGGAUACAGCAGCAACACUUGCUGGCCAGGCUGACGGAGCUGGAGCGGCAGAUUGGGAAGGAGAGGGAUGAGUACAUCCUGAAGGUCUCAGAGGAGGCGGUCCAGCUGGGAGCCCAAGUCAAGGCCCUGGAACAAAAGUGUCAGCAGUCAGCAAGUGAGCUCCUGAAAGAUGUCAAAGUCAACCAGAGCAGGAGCAAGAGCGAGAGGGCUAUGCACACCUGUUGCAUCCCGGCCUCCCCGGGGUUCACCCUGUGUCUCCACAGGAAAAUUCUCCCUCUCCCGGAAAUGAUGAGCAAGUUCUCAGAAAACUUGAUGCUUCACCUGGAAACGGAUUCAGGGGCUGUCACCCUGGACCCUCAGAUGGCCUGCGGGCACCUGGUUCUUUCCCAGGACUGGAAGACCAUGAAGAGUACCGGGCAGACCUGGAAUGUGCCCGAUGGCACCCUGCGUUCCUAAGGCUUGCCAGUGGUGCUGGGCUCUCCGGGCUUCUCCUCUGGCUGCCACCGCUGGCUAGUGGAGGUGCACAUGGGGGCUGGUGGUGGCUGUGCCUUGGGGGUGGCCCUGGAGGUGGUGAGGAGAAAGGGAGACACAGGCCUGACCACCGAGGAUGGUGUCUGGGGUGUGGUCUUCCAGGAGCAGCAGUGCUCCAGCACCGCUCCUGACCUCGACCUGUCGCUGGGGGCCACCCCGUGCCGCGUGGGCAUCACCCUGGACUAAGAUGCGGGCCUGCUGACCCUCUUCAAUGCCGACACCGGGGUGCGCAUCUUCACCUUCAGCAUUACAUUCCUGGACAAGAUCUUUCCUUUCUUCGCUGUCUGGAAACAAGAGUCCAGCCUAGCUCUAAAGAGGGUGGGUGCCCAGUGGGGCGGACACGUCUCCUACCCGGGCCAGGCACGUGACCUUGCUGGGCUCAUUGUUCCCAAGUGA